GGACUGAUUCCAGAGACGAUCUUGACUCUCAGCUCAGAGCUGACCAUUCACAGACACAUUGAGAAAUCAGUUGAAGAUGGAUAUCAGCACAAGGAUCGUGUUUGCUCUGCUGCUGACAAUUUCAGGGGGGGAUCUCAGUCCAACCUUUGAAAGAGCUGAGUUUUCAGAGAGCCACCAUCAGCGUCAUCCACGUGGACUGGUGCUCAUUGAAUUGAAACCUUCUGAUGAAAAUGUCAUAAACAUCGACCAGACAGCAUCUGAUCACAACACCAGCUUGGAGUGGGUCAGAUCAGACAGAGUGCCAAAGGACACAGUUAUUGUUAAAGAUGAAGGACAGCAACAUUACAUUGCUAAACAAAUCUCAAACUGUGAGCUUUGCCUUCUCAAGAGUAAUUUAAAGUCGUGUUUUCAAAAGGUGGGCCCCGGGGAUUGGAAAUAUGUGGACAUUUCCAAUUACAAAGACUUGAUGUUUUUAGUGAACAGGGACAACUUUGAACUGCUGGAAUGGAAGAAAUAUACCAAUAAUAGGUUUCCACCAAUGUCAGUGGUGGUAUGUGGGCAAUUUAUUGUUAAAAAUCUGAAUAUGAGUUCAAAAACGGAUGGGGAAGUGCUCGUCUUAAACAACGACAUUAAAGUGCAGUAUUUAAAUGUUGUUGAGUAUCAAAUAUCAAGUGCAGUGUCAACAGAAAACCCUGAAGUGCUUAAACAUUUCAAAGCUUCCAACAGAAACUGCAUUGCAUCUAAACAUACAGUAAAAUUGGACCAAAGUAUUGAUAAAAUAUAUUCUUAUCAAAUUGGUAAAAUCCGUUCAAUCGGAAUCAACCCAGAGAUUUCAGUCUCUGGUGAAAUCCCAACUAUUGCAAAAGUAGGAGGAAAACUUGGGCUUAAAUUUGAGCGCACACGGUCACGUCUUAAUACUUCGUCUGUACUUGAGAAAAACCUUCAUUCUGUGAGUACGGAUGUGGAGAUUCCACCCAACCAUUCCUGCACUAUUGACAUUACAAGCAAUACCUUCAAAACCAAUGUCCCGUUCACUGGUGAGAUCACGAGAGUGUACAACAACAACCAAAUACGAAAGGCCUUGGUCACUGGCAUGUACAUCUAUCAGGAAGUAGAUGAAAUCGAAACACUUGUGAAUCGCUGUGAGCCGCUUUUUGGUGGAAGAAAUUGUGACUAACCAGUGUACAUGCUCUAUACCUGAAAACAAUUAUCAUGUUGUGUAUAAGUGUAUGACAUGUAACACGUAUUGAUCAGAGAAUUAAAAUGAAGCAUUCAAAAGGC